AUGUCUCUCAUGAACCGCUUGAGUUUCGAGAGGACAAUGGGACUGAAACUUUACGAAAGAACCGUGAGAUCCGUGUCGUCAAUGGCAGUUGCUUCAGAUUUCAGCAGGUGGAACCAAAUGCGGCAAGCCAUUGAGCGAACACCAACGAAGCCACUAUCGACAGAUGAAACUAUGGACAGAGACACACCGGAGCCUGCGUCCAGGAAGCUACUGAAAUUUGUGAAUCUGAAAAACUUGGGCACAACUAUAAGAAAUGACUCUGGUCAUUAUGAAUAUUACUAUAAUCCUAUCGAGCUAGGCAGCAAUCCUUACAAUUGGCUGUGCGUUGACACGGAAAACAAAUUUUCCAUCGAGCUGAUCCUAGACCAGCCUAAUGAAAAGAUUUACCUGCCAGACUUGCCCAUGCGGAGAGACGAUCCGUCGUCGCUCUCGCGUACAGCGCCUAUUUUUGAAUCUUCUUCGACCGCCAACAUUCCAAACGCUAAUAACUUGUCACACAUACGGGAUAAUUUUAGUAGCGGUGUGAGUAUCAGCGGCACGGUACGCAUGAUCGUAGCCAAUACGGAAAGACCGAUUAUUAUGAAGAGUCAUGCAAUAUAUUUGAAAUGCUUCAUUGGGGAGUACGCAUGUUUUGUGGACACAAACAAAAAAAGCUGGAGAGACAGACUGAACAUGAAAAGAGAGUCAGAUGAAAAAGUGAUAAAACUCUUGUCGCAUCCGGUUGAUGGCGUUCUGGAUUCUUAUCUGCUCCCAUUCAAAGUAAUUAAACUGGAUCUGCUGCCAGAAAGACAGAUGAAAUGCUUGACGCCGGGAGUAUAUGAAUUCCCCUUCACAUUCACAGUAAAUCUAAAUGAGUUUCCUUCAAGUUGUGAAACGAUUCUAGGGACAACGGCGUAUAGAAUUGAAAGCAGAAUGAAUAUUUCAAAUUCAAGGGGGAAAAAUGAUACGAUCAUUCUGACUCGCAGAGUCGAUGUAAAAAGGGUGCUUUCGAUUUCAGAUAUUAUAAUGAAAUAUGAAUCCAUAAAUAUCGAGGGUUCUUGGAACCGCGAGGAGUUUUUUUACAACAUAAUGCUUGCCACAAAAAUGAUCGAAAUUGGCGAGCCUUUCAAGUUGACGAUCGGAAUAAUGAAAAGUUUGCACUCCAAGAUGACCAUCGAAAACAUCAAAGUCCUGCUUGCUCAAUCAACGUCUGUGCCCUGCAUCGACUGCGAUACCGACAUGCUGUUAACGACAUCUUACGUGAAAAAAAACGCGUGUGAACUUUACGAUUGCCAGUUUCCGAACGGGCGCCGAAAAAUCGAAAACGAAUUCCAUCAGUUCUACGAAAUCGACAACUUGCUGGUGCCCGAGCUCGCGGGCACCAGCUGCAGCACCAACGCGUGGCUAAGGCCAUUCUAUUGUGAGCCCAGUGCACAGCUGCGCAAGCGCGCUCGUUUAAAGAUCACGCACACGUUGAACGUUCAGCUGACCCUGAACAAUUGCUCGAGAAGCGAUGGCUCGGGGACCCUCAAACCCAUGACCUAUCUCACCUUUCGAAUCCCCAUAUUGCUUGUAGACAACGACAUGCUCGGCAACCUUUCGUUGCCUACCUACAGGCCCCCUUGCGAAACGUCCUCACCGCCGGCAUAUACCCUAUCUGCCGAUCCGCCCGCCUAUGGGUAG